CGUGAACCGAUCGAUCCGAACGUCACAUCCAUGGAAUUUUUCGCGAAUCUGUCAGUACUACACCGAUUGUGGAUCGGACAUUUUCUUUUUCGUAAAUACGUGUAGAUAACAGAAAGUUAAUUUCCAGUUUAAAAAUUUAGUUUUUCGUUGAUUUUUAGCAGGAAUCAUGGAUUUUUGUAAACUUCUACAUAAGGCUCAGAAAAACGAGCAAACUAGCAGCGGUGCGCCGAGGUACUACAGUACAAAAUUUGAGCCUCCAAAAAAAAUAAAAAAGGAGAAAAAAGAUCUGUCGGAGAACAUCAAGAAGUUCUUGGCCAAAAAGGAAGCCGAAGAGCAAAAAAAGUUGGAUGAAGCCCAACGAAAAAAGGAGGAUCUACUCGCCCUUAGGUCACAGGACAAAAAAGCUACACGCAGGGUAAACGUGAUGUUAAAAAGAACCAAAUCGGCUAACCAGUCGGUCAUUCAGGAUGCGGUCGACCAAACUCACACGGCAGUGACCAGUUCCGGUCCGGAACAACCGGACGAAGAUGAUUACGGGUACGUUUCUCAAGAAGCUUCCGCUCUGUAUGAAAAAAUGAUGGAAAAGUACAGUCAAAUGCCGGUGGAACCCAAGUACAAUAUGUUCAAAAAGAAAGUAAGUACCAAUUUGAGUAGUACUAAAGACAGAGUGAAGGCCGCACUAGACAAAGAAAGAGAGGAAGCGAUGAUGCCCCACAGAAGAAAACGGAAGAGCAAACAAGAGGGUGUGGCUGCUGAGGAGAAUAAAGAUGAUGAUGGAAGUCCUGAGAGGAAGAAGACUUGCGGUGCAGAUGCACCGUCUUCUUCUUUAAAGGAAAAGGAGAAAGUUAAGCCUAAACCCAGACCAGCGGGGCCACCUCCUGUCAGUUUUACUGAACUUUUGAAAAUCGCCGCUCAAAAACAACACGAACCAAUCGUGAUCGAAGAAAAAGUGGUGGAAGAAGAACGCUUAUACACGAAACGGCAAAGACAAGAGAUGGAGCGAGAGCGUUUACUACGAGAGCGAAAAGAACAGCGAGAAAAAGAAUACGAGGAGCGCGCGAAAAACCCCAAUAAACCAAUCAUCAAACCUACUUCGAGCGGUAGCGGGAGCUCGAUAUUGGAAAAACAAUUAACGAAAAAAGUUUCAUUUGAUAACGGCGAUAAGGACAAUAAAAACAGACCGAAACUCGAGAAAGAUCGAAUCCCGAUGAAGCAAGAAAAGCAGCCCUCAAAUGACGGUCUUAAGAAGCCACCCAAUCAAUUACAGAAUAAGUCAAUUAGUCAAAAAAGCGAUGACAAUCGGCCGAGUAAAGGGGAGAACAGAGGGAAAAUCAAUGGUUUUAACGGUGGAAAACCGGUGGCUAAUGGUAGUAGUAAACCCAGUUUACCAUCGAGUAAAGCUAGCGAUCAACGGAUGACAAAAACACUGCCAAGUACCGGAGCUAGCAAAGAGAUGGCGGCGAGAAAGGACUUCUUACAAAAGAAGCCUAAUCAGGUUGCCAAUGGAAAGCCCAAGGAGUUCCCGCCAAGGGAUUUAAUUCCAAAGGGUAAACCAAAAGAAUUCCCGCCGCGAGAUCUCAAGCCCAAACAGUUCCCACCAGCUGACGUUAAAAGGCUCAACAAGAAGAAACCAAUCGUCGCUAGUAGAGGUCGGAUUAUUGAUGACGACGACGACGACGAAUACGAUUCAGAACUGGACGAUUUUAUUGAUGAUGGAGAUGCGGACGUGGACGUGUCCAGUUGCAUCAAAGAAAUCUUCGGUUACGACAAAUCGCGGUACAGGGAUCACGACGAUGACGUCGAUAACAUGGAAAGUACUUUCGCCCAACAGAUGAGAGAGGAGGUGGUUAGCGCUAAAAUUGGUAUAAUGGAAGAUCUCGAAGAUAUGAAAAAAGAAGAGGAAGAGAAGCGGCGGAAGGCUUUAAUGAAAAAGAAGAUGAGACGUUAACGUCUAUUUCAAUUUAAUUGUGAAUUAAUUUAUUUAUCCUCCAGUUUGUUUAGAUCAUUUUAACAGUUUUGUUGUUUUUGUACAUUUUUUAUAUGUAAGUUAUUAUUGUAGGUACGUCAACAAUUUUUUAGCAUGUAUAUAUUGUGAUAAUUAUUAUAAGAUGUAAAAAGUAUAGGAAUACAUUAUAUAUAAUAACUUUUAUAAAGCGAACUUUUUGUUUCCGUGUUUAAAAAAAAAAGUAUUUUUUAUGCAAUAUUUGUAAAUAGGACAAUUAAUAUAACAGUUUAUAUCCUGUUAAA